UGGCGGCGGCGGCGGGGAGGGGGCUGUAGCGCUGCCGGGCUGUCCCGCCGCCUCAGGAUACCGCGGUCGAGGCGCUCUCCGCCGCUCCGGAAGGGCUGCCGCCUCCCGCUCUCCGAAGAAGUUCUCUUGCGGAAGACUUGCAUCAGAAUCUUGUUGUCUUCGUACUCCUUGUAGAGAAUGUCGUUGUUUAAAGCUAGAGAGUGGUGGUCCACCCUACUUGGAGAAAAGGAAGAAUUUGACCAAGGCUGUCUGUGUAUUGCUGAUGUUGAUAAUAGUGGCAGUGGGCAAGAUAAAAUUAUUGUGGGCAGUUAUAUGGGAUACCUCCGAAUCUUUAGUCCACAUCCUGUAAAACCUGGAGAGGAAAUACAACCUGAAGACUUGCUCUUGGAAGUGCAGUUACGAGAACCAAUAUUGCAGGUGGAAGUGGGAAAAUUUGUUUCUGGUACUGAAGGACUUCAUCUGGCUGUGUUGCAUUCCCGGAAACUCUGUGUAUAUGCUGUUACAGGGACUUUGGGAAAUGUGGAACAUGGGAACCAGUAUCAGAUUAAACUGAUGUAUGAGCACAAUCUUCAGAGAACUGCUUGUAAUAUGACUUACGGUCCGUUUGGUGGUGUAAAAGGUCGAGAUAUGAUAUGCAUACAGUCCAUGGAUGGGAUGCUCAUGUUGUUUGAACAGGAAAGUUAUGCUUUUGGCCGUUUUUUACCAGGUUUUCUUCUGCCUGGUCCCUUGACUUACAGCUCUCGGACAGAUUCUUUCAUUACAGUGUCGUCUUGUCAACAGGUUGAGAGUUACAAAUACCAAGUACUGGCAUUUGCGACAGAUGCUGAUGAAAGGCAAGAAACAGAACAGCAGAAACUUAGUUCUGGAAAAAGACUUGUGGUGGAUUGGGUGUUAAACAUUGGAGAGCAAGCACUGGAUAUACGUGUUGUCUCCUUUAAUCAGGCAGUGUCUUCUGUUUUUGUCCUUGGUGAGAGAAACUUCUUUUGCCUUAAGGAUAAUGGGCAAAUUCGAUUCAUGAAAAAGCUUGAUUACAGUCCAAGUUGCUUCAUUCCUUAUUGUUCAGUGAAAGAAGGAACAAUAAACACUCUAAUUGGAAACCACAGUAAAAUGCUGAAUGUUUAUCAAGAUGUUACACUGAAAUGGGCCACUCAGCUUCCCCACAUUCCUGUGUCAGUAAAAGUAGCAAAUUUACAAGAUUUAAAGGGUGUUAUAGUCACUCUGAGUGACAGUGGACAUCUUCAGUGUUCCUACCUUGGAACUGAUCCUUCAAUUUUCCAGGCUCCUAAGGUUGAUUCUAGAGAAAUAAACUAUGAAGAGUUAGAUGCUGAAAUGAAAGAGCUUCAGAAAAUCAUCAAAGAAGCCACAAAAACAGAUAUUUUGCCCAAAUCUGAAAUACAAAGAGAUGUAAUUGUCACAGCAGAAGUUUCUCCUGAUUUGGAUGCAGAAUCUCAAGCCAUUGACAGUGAGGUAAAAGCAGAGGCAGUACCAUCAGUCACAGUAAAGAUUACAAUACAGAGCAGAGUGACUGCACAGAAACCAAACCUGACAGUAUGUGUACAAGCUCCAUUAGCAGUGACCUGUGACCAGUUCGUUUUUGAUGAUUUAGAACCAGAUUCAUCUGAAACUGUGGUCCUGUCUGUCUUUUUGAAGGGGAAUUGUUCUCCAUCAGAACUAGAAGGAAAUUGUCUGGUUUCAUAUACCACACCAACAGAGCUCAAUCCUGAAGGAAUACCAAAAGUCGCACAGUGUAACUUCAGGCUGCCUUUGCGGUUAAUUUGCUUUCCAACUCAGCCUUCAAAAGCAGCAAGCCACAAGCUAACUAUUGAUACCAAUAAACCUCCCAUCAGUUUUCUUGCUAUUUUUCCAGACUUCGUUGAUCCAUCUGAGAAUGACCAGGUGAAUAUUCUGGGGUUUCAGUUUUUAACUGGUUCAAAAACCACUCUUCUUGCUUCAAAAACAUCACAACGAUAUAGAAUCCAGAGUGAUCAGUUAGAAGACCUUUGGCUGAUAACAAAAGAGCUCACGCUUCGACUUGAAGAACAUUUCAAGAAGCAAAAGUGCAAAGAUUUUGCAUGUACCUUUUCUGGUUCAAUUCCCCUGCAAGAAUAUUUUGAACUAAUUGAUCGACAUUUUGAGUUACGUUUGAAUGCUGAAAAGUUUCAGGAGCUGUUGUCUGAAAGGGCUGUACAGUUUCGAGCUAUUGAGCGGCGAUUGCUGACACGAUUCAAAGACAAAACUCCUGCUCCUCUUCAACAUCUGGACACCUUGUUAGAAGGAACAUUCAGAGAGGUAAUAGCUCUAGCAGAUGCAGCAGAAGAAAAUCAAGCCAACAUGUUCCAGGCAUUCACAAAGUUGAAAAGUGCCACCCAUCUGCUGAUUAUGCUGAUUAGUCUGUGGCAGAAGCUUAGUGCUGAUCAAGUUGCUAUUCUGGAAGCAACAUUUUUGCCAUUAGCAGAAGAUACACAAGAGCUGGGCUGGGAAGAAACUGUGGAUGCUUCAAUUUCUUACUUGUUAAGAACUUGUUUGUCAAAGAGCUCUAAGGAACAGGCCCUGACUCUCAGCAGUGAGUUAUGCAUGCCCAAAGAUACUAGCAGACUGAAGAAGAAUAUCACUCUCUUCUGUGAUAGAUUGGCCAAAGGUGGUCGCCUUUCCAUAAGUACAGACUCAGCCACUCAGCAAUCUGUUGUCAUGCCAGGUGGCUGUGCUACAAUCCCAGAGUCUGAUUUAGAGGAAAGGAUGAUUAUACCAGGCUCCACAGGAACGCUUCCCAAUCAUGGGCACAUCGCAGAGCAGAAAUCCAAGCCUGAUGUCCUCCAGCCAGUCCACAAAUGUAUUAAAGUUGAAAGCACUCUGCAGUGACAGUGUCAUAUGUCUGAAGUGUGCAACUUAGUGGGCAAUGUUAAUGCUCAGGUUAGAGCCACUUGGUCCCUGGUGAAUCUCCAGCUAUUCUUCUCAGGUUUGUCUGAAGAUGCAGCAGAGGAAGCAGGAAACCCAUGAAACCUGAAGAUGACACUCGGAAGGAAUUUCUAUCUGAUGUCAAAUGCAUUUAUAAUGCAGCAGUAUCAGUCCAUUUUACUCUGUACUGAUUGCAGCUUCCAGAAGGAGAGAACUGUGCUAAUUUAUACAAAGAAGUUCCAUUCUAAUAAUUUUGGUUGGAUCUCCCAGCCAACUACUAGCAUCCUUUCUGUGAGCAAAGUUUAAACAGUUACCCAACUGUUGUAGGGGUGUUGUGUUAUGUUUUGCAAUAUAUCAGCCCUUUCUAAGGAUUCAGUUGGUUGAUCAAAGACUGUUUACACAUAGUUAAAAGCAACCUUUGUUUCAGGUUAUGUUUUAUCUUUUUUAAAAUGAUAUUCUGAACUGUACCUCCCUUUGAGAUUAUAUUAACAUUUGUUAUAUCACAGUUUUGACAAAAGAUAACCAUCUUGUUUCCUCCUGUACUAACAUUCACCAUUCCAGACAGCUGAAUUCACCACCAGAAGAAAAACUGGUAAUCCAUCAAUGUUUUUUUUGCCCUCUCUCAUUGCUUAUACAGACUCCUGUUCUCUAGAGAUAUAGAGUAAAAUAUGGUUACUGGACAUAAAGGGCAAACCCUUUUGCCAUUAACUAUGUCACUAUGAAUGUGAAUAAAGUUUACAGUGUAAGUACCUUGA